GACAGAGAGAGAGAGAGAGUAGAGAGAGAGACAGAGAGAGAGACAGAGAGACAGAGACAGAGAGAGAGAGAGAGUAGAGAGGGGGAGAGUCUUCCCAGUUACUCUGAAUCUCUCUCAGCCUACACUAUCUCCCAACACAACCUCAGGCUCAGUAAUGUUGAAUGCGCUGUGCGAGUGAGCUCUACCUUCCUCACACGCUCUGCUAUCACCUGCUCGAGGACACACCACCACACACACCCGGCCAUCAUGGAUGAGGCUGGCCUGCUGAAGGAGAGGCUCCAGGCGAUCACGGACAAAAGAAGAAUCCAGGAGAACAUCUCUAAGAAAAGGAGAGAGAUCGAAGAAGAGAAAUUAAAACUCCAGUACAUGAAGAAGAAAGCCCUGAGGGAGCAAUGGCUGAUGGACGGUCUGAGUCAGCAGGAGGAGGAACAGGAGGCCAUGAGGCUUCAGGCUCAGGAUGAACAGCAGCAGAGUGAUCAGCUGCAGCGCAACAUCCUCAGAAUAGAGAAGGAGAUUGAGGCCUUGGAAACACAGGAGCUCGACAUCUCUACCAAUGAAGAAGCAGUCCUGAAACGGUUAAAAGAGGUGGAGCGGACGGCCGAGGACAUUAUUAAGGAGCUCAACGCAGAGUUCCAGGCAGAUGUGACGCAUCAUGUCCCCUCGCCACUCUCAGAUAUCACAUCAUUCAUCCCACUGAUACCAACAAAAAGCCCUCCCAUACACAGGCCUGGUAGUGAAGAACCAAAGAAAGCUACGUUUGCGAUGGAGAUCAGUGUGGAGCAUGAUAAGAGAACAGGGAAAAGUCAGGUGGUCUCUACUACAACAAUCACCCCAGAAAGCACCCGGGAGAGGGGGUUAAAGGUUUAUGAUGAUGGCCGCAAGUCUGUAUAUGCACUGCAUCCAGACGGAGGCAAGAUGCACAAUGGAACAGUUGGAGAGAUGACGUCUACAGAAGUAGAAGAGCUGCUGCAUCAGGCCACAGAUAAGAAAGUCCCCACUGAGGUGCAGUACCAUCAGCCUGUCUACUCUGUACCCUACGCAGAGAGCAGCGGGCCUUCCACACCCGGGGAACCAAAUAAAACAUCAAGACAAACCCCAACAUCCAGCCCCAGCCCCAGCCCCUUUCAGAGCUCAGUCUCAUCCAGAAAUGGAGCUGAAAUCCUCAGAGAGGAAAGCCUGGAGGGAUGGAAAACCCCGAGCAAAACACCCAGCCCUAGCCUCAUCCAACAAGACUAUGUCAGAGUCCAAAGACCUGGAGAAGAAACCAAGCUGCCCUACUGCCACAUUCCAGGACAAUCGUCAGGUGACAGGCGUCUUAUUUCACAGCCACACUUAAGUGCUAAAUCUCCACAAGGACUCACCAACUGCAAGACGGAUGCAAGCAGUCCAAAGCCAGCGGCUCUUGUCUCCGUCAGAGCCCGAUCUGAUGGAAUGCCAGAACCCAUACAGCCAUUCUACCUGGGAGUAGGUAGCCGCAGUCCUUCAAGAGCCAGCCACAAGUCUGAAGUUGGUCCCGAUGCCUCAAUGGAGAGCUCUGAUGAUUUUAACAGACUGUCACCCUUCUGUGCUGAGAGCAUCAACUCACAGAACCUCCCCAACACCCUGCCAGAGGAGCUAGAAUCCGAACCAGUCACCAUGAUCUUCAUGGGCUAUGAGAAUGCUGACGAAGACGAAGACAUCCAGGCUGAGCUGGUGAUCAUCGGCAACAGCGAUGAUGAUGAUGAUGAUGACAACGAGGCCAAAUGUGGUAUAAAGGAAAGUGGAGGGAAAGAGUGUGUCUCAUACCAUCCAGAGGGAUACAAGAGCCAAGUCUUCCAACCCAAAGUGGGAAUAGCCAAGGUUACAGGCUGCAGUGACUUUAUUGAGUAUGCCUCCACAAACUGGGAAGUAGGGCUCCAUAAACCAACAUUCAGCCACAAGUCUGGAACGCAGAGUCCCUACCUGCAGGGGCAGAGGGUGGAGGAAUCUGCCAACAAAGGCAGCAUAAAUAUGGAGGAGAUGAAGCUCUGUUCAACAGGAAGAUGAGAUGGAAGUUCAUCCCUUCCUGAGAAACUGGGUCGUUGAAGAAGAAGAAGAAGAAGAAGAAGAAGAAGAAGAAGAAACGUAGGAGAAUACUUUAGAUGAUUUAUUAAGUGAUUAUUUUAUUCUUUCUGUAUUUUCACAAUGUUCAUAGGUCUCCAUAGGUUUGAAAAUAUCUCCUAUUGCUAUGCAGUGCUCCUCAGCCGUACUCUAGAUGCCUUCUUCAUGCAAUAGGAAGGCAUUAACCUUUCCACUUGUUCCAUUUGUUGCAAAAAGCCAAAUCCUGCCAUGUCUGUGCCUCGUCCUAAUUUAAGAAAACUGCUGACAGCCACUGACAUUGUGUCCUGUCAUUGUUCCUCUAGAGGAUUCAGUUAAGCUCUAUUGCCACCUCCUGGAAAAUUAGCUUCAUUAAACAGUCACAUGGACACAGACGAUGUUAAAGCCUGACCAUCUUUUGGUACCACUGUUAUGAAUGGUUUCUAAGUUGUACAAAAUAUAUGAAUAAUGGUAAAUUAAAACUUUAUAGAUUAGCAUUAAGCUAAACAACAUUAUUUGCUAGAGAUGAAGCCUUGUUGGUGCCUUACAACCUCUUCCAGUAUAAAUUGCUUUGCCUCAUUAGGAAGACUGUUUUAAAGGUCAGGUAGUGACUUAACAUCAGACCUAGUGGCUUUUCGUGAGUUACCCGUGACCUUUUACUGCUAACCUUUUUGUAUGGUUAAAUGUAUGAUCAUUAAUGGCUUACACACUUUCUAACUAGUCAUCAAGUCUGAAAUUGUUAAUAUAUUUUGGUGCUGUUUUCUUUCUGUUUUUAGUUUGGGCCUCAGAUGAAUCUUAACAUUUUACUAAAUAGUUCUUCCAACUUUGUUAAGUUUGUUUGUCUCUUUCCUGUUUCAACAUGACACAUCCUUGUGCACAAAGCCAGCUAAAUAAAUGUUAUGUUUGGUUACUGUUGCACCUCACUGUUUCUAAAUGAAUAAUUAAGGCAUUUGUCCAAAGUAGUGCCUUUAAUUUCUUCAAAUGAAGGUGUUAAUCAUGCCGCGCAGUGGACGAACAGGUUGAAUUUCAUCCUUAACUCUGUAAACUAACAGACCCAUGUGCCAUUACUUCCUGUGAUUAA